AUGGUCAAAGCAGUCGCUGUCCUCCGUGGUGAUUCGAACGUCAAGGGCACCGUCACCUUCGAGCAGGCGGACGAGAACUCCCAGACGACCGUGUCAUGGAACAUUACCGGCAACGACGCCAACGCUGAGCGUGGCAUGCACGUCCACGCCUUUGGCGACAACACCAAUGGCUGCACCUCCGCCGGCCCGCAUUUCAACCCACACCAGACGGAGCACGGCGCACCAGAAGACGAAGUGCGCCAUGUUGGUGACCUUGGUAACUAUAAGACGGACGGACAGGGCAACGCUCAGGGCUCCGUGCAGGACAAGCUGAUCAAGCUCAUUGGCCCUGAAAGCGUGCUCGGCCGUACCAUCGUUGUGCACGCCGGCACUGAUGAUCUCGGCAAGGGUGGCCACGCGGAAAGCAAGAAGACUGGCAAUGCUGGCGCUCGUCCGGCCUGCGGAGUCAUUGGCAUCGCCGCAUAA